ACCCAACCCAACAGGAAGACAACAGAUUUUCCAUCCUUUUAAUACGAUGCGAAUUUGCGACUGAGACGGCUAAAUACUGACAAUAUUUUCGCCCUAAGGCGGACUACAUAUUAAAAUGCCCUUAUUUGAUGGGUUAGGAAGUGGAGGAGAGAAGACUGCGAUCGUCAUUGACCUAGGAGCAGCGUACACAAAAUGUGGCUUUGCAGGGGAAACGGGGCCCAGGUUCAUAAUUCCGAGCGAGAUCCGGAAACCGGGACAGCAACAGGCCAUCAAAGUGGUCCAGUACAACAUCAACACAGAAGAACUUUAUGUCAUUCUCAAAGAGUUUAUCCAUUUGCUGUACUUCAGACACCUGCUGGUGAACCCUCGCGACAGAAGAGUGGUCAUCAUCGAGUCCAUCCUCUGCCCGUCUCACUUCAGAGAGACACUCACCAAGGUUUUCUUCAAGCAGUUUGAGGUUCCUUCUGUGCUGUUUGCCCCAAGUCACCUCAUGUCCAUCAUGACUUUGGGCAUCAACUCUGCACUGGUGAUGGACUGUGGAUACACAGAGACUCUGGUGCUACCUGUGUAUGAGUGCACUCCUAUCCUACCAGCUUGGGAGGCUUUGCCUUUGGGAGGAAAAGCCAUCCAUAAAGAAUUAGACGCACUUUUAGUGGAACAAUGCACCGUGGACACAGACACCACCACUGGGCAGAGCGUACCAGCUGUCAUUGGAACAAUCCCAGAGGAGACUGUGGAGGAUAUCAAAGUGCGAACAUGUUUUGUCAGUGACUUACAGAGGGGAUUAAAAAUCCAAGAAGCCAAAUUUAACCUGGAUGGAACAGCUGAGCGUCCAGCUCCUCCUCCAGAUGUUGAUUACCCUCUGGAUGGUGAGAAAAUCCUGCAUGUUAAAGGAUCAAUCAGGGACUCUGUGAUGGAGAUCCUCUUUGAACAGGACAAUGAAGAGAAGAGUGUGGCCUCUCUGAUACUUGAUGCUCUGGUCAAGUGCCCCAUUGAUGCACGCAAAGUGCUCUCAGAGAACCUGGUAGUGAUCGGAGGCACAGCCAUGCUGCCGGGCUUCAUGCACCGUCUCCUGGCAGAGUUACGCCUCCUGGUGGAGAAACCCAAGUACAGUGAAGUGCUGGCCAGCAGGAGUCUGCGUAUACACGCUCCACCUGCCAAACCUAACUGUACCGCCUGGCUCGGAGGUGCCAUCUUCGGGGCACUGCAGGACAUCCUUGGCAGCAGGUCGGUGUCUCGAGAUUACUACAACCAGACAGGACGGAUCCCAGACUGGUGCUGCCUGAGCUCCCCUCCUCCAGAAACUCUCUAUGAAGCAGGAAAGACCCCUCCUCCUCUCAUGAAGAGAGCUUUCUCCACAGAGAAGUAGAACAUGCUGGAACAAGGUUCAAUUUACUUACAGAAAAAACAGCCCUGUAAUCUUUAAUGUAACAUCUCCACACAAAUAUUAAUGUUAACACAAACAGCUCUACAAGUUUGUCAUGUCUGGUAGUCAUAUCUACUCUUUUGUCAGCUGGGAUUGUUGAUUUCUGACCUUACCAGAGAGAACAGAUAUCUGAACUUUGGUCAGAAACACUUGUAACAGAAACUAAUUGUAGAUUAUGUCUUCUGUUUCAUUCAAAGUCUUGUUUAGCAACAUGCUGAACCUGAGUUUCAGCAUGUUUGAUAUUUUGUUGGCAUUUCGAUGCAGAAUUUUUCACAGAAAAGUUUCAGAUACUUUUUUUAAGUUGAGAUUAGUUCAUCUUUGUCAGCUAAAGUACAGAAAACAUUGCUAAAGUUCUGAAAAUACAGGAGAAUACCAGUGUGAUAUCUGAUUAAGUGUGAAGAUCAGUUGGUAUAACAAUAAUGUCACUUGCAGUCUCAUGAAAAACAAAGUUAUUUAUUAUUUGGAUGUAAUAAAGACCCUGUACACUCA